GGGGAGUUGCAACAUAGAGAUACUCUUUCUACACAGAAGACGGCGUCUCCUAUGCAGAGGAUGGUGAGCUCAACGACGAGGACAUGGUCAGUUACUAUGAUAACCUUUGUGCAGGGUGUGUGUAUUGGGAAGUAGAUAGUCAGAGGGACCGUGAAGGGGAUGUGAGGGACAUCGAUGAACAUGAGGGGAGGGCUGGCGAAUGGUGGGUGAACCUGAUGGCGCUCUCUUCUCAGGUCGGCGCCGGGAAUACUGACGUCGACGGUGUCACUCGUCUGCAGCAGCGUAAUGGAGAUCAGGCGGGUGAGUGGGAGGUGGCGCAGGGGUUCAUGAAAGAGGUGGUAGUUGUGGUGGAGGAGAGGCAAGGAAUGGGCAAAAUCGGAGAGAAGGGUUGGAAGGUGGACAACAACAACAACAACGACGGUGAGCUGGGAUUGGGCAAAAUUGGUGACGAGGGCGAGAACGGCAACAACAACGGAGAGCUGGGAUUGGGCGAAAUUGGCGACGUGGGCGAGAAGGGCGAUGAACAUGAGGGGAGGGCUGGCGAAUGGUGGGAGAACCUGAUGGCGCGCUCUUCUCAGGUCGGCGUCAGGAAUGCUGACAUAGACAGUGUCACUCAUCUGCGGCAGUGUAAUGGAGAGCAGGUGGGUGAGUGGGAGGUGGCACAGGGGUUCAUGGAGGAGGUGGUAGUUGUGGUGGAGGAGAGGCAAGGAAUGGGCGAGAUCGGAGAGAAGGGUUGGAAUGUGGACAACAACAACAACAACAACAACAACAACGACAACGACAACGACGACGACGGUGAGCUGGGCUUGGGCGAAAUUGGCGACGAGGGUGAGAAGGAUGAUAAAAACAACAACAACAACAACAACAACAACAAUGACAACAACGACAACGACAACGACAACGACGACGACAACGACAACGACAACGACAACGACAACAACAACAACAACAACAACGGUAACAACAACAACGGCGGCGACAACAACGAGAUGGAGGAGAAGGGAGAGAACAACAGCAACAACAACGACGGCGUAAACAACAACAAUGACGAGAACAAUAACAGCAACAAGAUCAACAACAAUCACGACGAUGGCGGCGACGACAACCACGGAAGCAGGAGGGAAGAGAGGGGUUGGUGUGCAUCCAAGCCCUGUAUCAGCAUCAUGGGGGAGAUGCCGCCAUCCACGCAGUGGGGGGGGAUUAGUAGCGUGUUGGGGCUGCUGAAGUGGGGUUUGUUUUUGAAGGUAAGACUUCGUGUUCCCCCCCACCCCUACCUGGUGUUUUCUCAGGCGGAUUCGUGUCUCUCUCUCUGGCAUCGGGUGGGGAUAGGAUAGAUGAUUUCACUGUCUUGAAUAGUGUUGAUUAGGGUUGAUCGCUGCUCAUCUCUCAAACCCUCAACUCUUAAGCAUGAAAGGACUGUUGGUGAUCACGUUUUUCUUUGCUAGUGAGAAUAUGUGCGAUAUCACAUCUAUUCAUAUCAUUGAAUAGGGAUAUAUGAUUCAUCAGCAGAAGGUCAAUCCUUCCCCUGCGUGGGGAAGUAACCAAUGCCUCUGCUCUCUUUGGAGUUGCAGGAAUCAACAACAUAUACAGAC